AUGCACCAGAUACACGGUCCCGUGAUCCUUAUCGAACUCCCCACGUUCGAGAAAUCUCUCUACGACCUGAUCAAGGGUCUUCGGAACCACAAGGGCGGGGAAGAUGAAUAUGUCCAGGAUUGCCUGCGGGAAUGCAAGGCCGAGAUCAAGUCGCAAGAUAUGGAUAAGAAGGCUACCGCGCUUCUCAAGCUCAUAUACUUGGAGAUGUUUGGGUAUGACAUGUCAUGGGCGGCUUUUAACGUCCUGGAAGUCAUGUCAUCUUCCAAAUAUCUUCAGAAGCGAGUGGGGUAUCUUGGAGCAGUGCAAAGCUUCCGGCCAGACACCGAGGUCCUGAUGUUGGCAACAAAUAUGCUCAAAAAGGAUAUCGUGUCUCCCAAUAUUCCAUCCUUGUCCCUGCCGCUCAUCACUCUCCCACAUAUCAUCACUCCUUCGCUGGCCAUGUCUCUGCUCCCGGAUAUAAUUUCUCGUCUUUCACACUCAAGCCCCGUGGUACGCAAGAAGACGAUCGUGUGUCUUUACCGGCUUGCAUUGGUAUACCCGGAAGCACUCAAGCUAUCAUGGCCCAAAAUCAAGGACCACUUGAUGGACGACCAGGAGGAUAUCAGCGUGACCACAGCGGCCAUCAAUGUUGUCUGUGAGCUCGGUUGGCGCCGACCACAAGAUUUUCUGCCUUUGGCACCACGACUUUUUGAGCUGCUCGUGGAUAGCGGCAAUAAUUGGAUGGCCAUCAAGAUAAUCAAGCUGUUUGCGACCUUGACUCCGCUAGAGCCUCGACUAACACGCAAACUUCUGCGACCGUUGACGAAUAUCAUUCAGACGACCUCGGCCAUGUCACUCUUAUACGAGUGUAUCAAUGGUAUCAUUCAGGGUGGUAUCCUCGACGGUGAAGAGAACCUACAAGAGAGAGAUGAGGUCGCUACGUUGUGCGUGGGAAAACUACGAGGGAUGAUAGUUAUAGACUCGGACCCCAACCUCAAGUACGUUGCUCUUCUUGCCUUGAACCGCAUCGUCACGACACACCCAAUGCUCGUGUCUGUGCAGCAAGAUGUGAUCAUGGACUGCCUGGACGAUCCAGAUGUGUCUAUACGCUUGCAGGCUUUGGAGCUUGCUGCUGGUAUCGUCACUAGUGACACCCUGCAACCAGUGGUGAACCGGUUAGUGAACCAACUUCAGCUGGCCUCGUUGUCAACGUCAAGGGACGCUCCGGACCCUGAAGCCGAUGCUUAUGCGAGAGCCGGAACUGAAAGCCCCGAGGGGCAAAGAGCAUCUAACGUGGGCCCUGACCCCAUAAUUGACUUGCCCAGUGAAUACCGAACCGAGGUCGUGAAUCGUGUGCUAGACGUCUGCUCGCAAGGCAACUACGCUGAGGUGAUCGACUUUGAGUGGUACGUGGGCAUUUUGGUCAAACUUGUCAGUCUACUCCCACCCUCGGGGCUAGAAGAGUAUUGGCAACAGCCUCAAACAGGUCAAUGGUCCAGCAACGGUUCGAAAACUACUGUUGCUUAUCGGAUUGGAUCAGAGAUCCGCAAUGUUGCUGUACGCGUCAGAGGAGUACGUCGGGAGGCCACCCGGUCAGCCGAGUCACUCCUGCUUGUUGAUAAUCGGUCGAUCCUGUUUCCAGCAGGCUCCAAUGUGGGUAUCGAUGUACUAGGCCCCGUGGCGUGGGUGGUUGGUGAGUAUGCAGAAUGUCUCGUGUCGCCUGACCGGACGCUGCAGUCACUGAUUGACCCAUCUAACACAUGUUUGGCGUCUGGAACGCUACAACUCUUCCUGCAGGCGAUACCGAAAGUGUUUGUCCAAUUGAACCGCACCUGGGAAGCCAGAGAUACAUGGAAGAGUGAACUGUCUCUUUUGCUGGCUCGAGUUGUGGAUUUCCUUGAGCUGUUAGCCGCCCACCCAGACCUGGAUGUUCAGGAGCGGGCCAUAGAAUUUCUAGAAGUCCUUCGCUUGGGUGCCGAGGCGAUGCACUCAAACUCGCAAGAAGUGCCAUUCCUUCUCGCCUCCAUCAUUCCCAGCUUGUUUGAGGGUCUGGAACUGAAUCCCGUGGCACUGAGUGCUCAGAAAAAAGUCGUUUUACCUCCAAGUUUGCGCCUGGAUGAGGCAUUCCAUGAUGACCUACCGGGCCUUUUCCGCAACGUGGACCGUUCGAUGCUCGAUGUGGACACCCGGAGUACCUUGCAGGACUUUUACCAUGUCCCGGAUCUUUCUCCGCCUGUCAACAAGCCGUUGUACGAAUCGGCCCCCGUUGAGAUGCACCUUGACUCAUCAUACCAAAAUACCCUCGGCAGACCGAUGGAAUACCCAUCCGUCUUGGAAAAGAAAAAGGUUGAGCGCAGGGAACGUUUCAGAGAUGACCCAUUCUACAUUGCCCCCGGUAGUUCAUCAGGCACGUCCACGCCGAUUCAUGACGUGUUCAAGUCGACCAAUGGAGAUGCAUUGGACAUUGAUUCAAUUCCAAUUGUCGAUUUGAAACUGGAUGAAGGACAGCAGGGUCGGUUUGAUCGGGACCCUCUUAUGAGUCGUCGAAUCUCUCCGAGGAAAAUGGAGGUUGCCACCGAUGAAACAUUCGGGUCUGAUGACACUCCGUUACACGAUGGGUUGGCCGGAAUUACUGGUGGGUCUACUAGCUCUAAGCGUUCUCUACUUCAGGUGGACUCUAGCGGUCUCGGUCAGCUUUCACUGGGAAGGAAUGGGGAUAGAGACGCGGUUGUGGCCGGAGAUGAGGGUGACGCUGAAAUGAAGAAAGCGAUGCAGAACGUGGAACAGAUGCGACUGCAUAUGCAGCGAGCAUCGGAGCGUAUUCAAUUAGAGGGGACCCCCGCCGAGGGCACUCUCGUGAAGAAGAAGAAAAGCAAGAAGAAGCUCAAGGAUGGCGAUGCUGACAAGACAGAGCGCUCUCGGGUCCGGGGAAAGAAGAAGAAAAAGGAGGCUGCAUGA